UGCCGCCGGGGCCGCGGGCUGGCCGGGGGCUGCAGAACCGUAUUGCCGGGCUGCGGAGAAGCUCGUGCGCGAGCAGGCAGGCGGGCAGGGUUAAUAGUUAAUAUACAAGACAGAAGAAAAAGAUGUCAUUCCGUAAAGUAAACAUUGUCAUCGUGGUCUUGGCCAUUGUCCUCUUCUUACUGGUUUUGCAGCGUAACUUCCUUGGCCUGAGCAGUUUGCUGAGGAAUGAGGCUUCAGAUUCAGGGUUUCUGGGACUUGAGCCUGUAGACUUUGUUCCAAAUGCUCCCAGCCACGCAGUAGAUGGGAAACAAGAUGAGAUCCCUGUGGUCAUUGCUGCAUCUGAAGACAGGCUCGGAGGGGCCAUUGCAGCUAUAAACAGCAUUCAGCACAACACUCGUUCCAAUGUGAUUUUCUACAUUGUUACGCUUAACAAUACUGCAGACCACCUUCUAACUUUUGCAAGGUUCUAUUUGCCAAUUCUGGUUCCCAAUGCAAAGAAGGCCAUAUACAUGGAUGAUGAUGUAAUUGUGCAAGGUGAUGUUCUUGCCUUGUACCAUACACCUCUGAAGCCAGGACAUGCGGCUGCAUUUUCAGAAGACUGUGAUUCAGCCUCUACUAAAGUUGUCAUCCGUGGAGCAGGGAACCAGUACAAUUGCAUUGGCUAUCUUGAUUACAAAAACGAAAGAAUUCGUAAGCUUUCCAUGAAAGCCAGCACCUGUUCCUUUAAUCCUGGAGUUUUUGUUGCAAACCUGACAGAAUGGAAACGACAAAAUAUAACCAACCAGCUAGAAAAAUGGAUGAAACUCAAUGUAGAAGAAGGGUUAUACAGCAGAACAUUGGCUGGCAGCAUCACAACACCUCCUCUGCUCAUUGUAUUCUAUCAACAGCACUCUACCAUUGACCCUAUGUGGAAUGUCCGCCACCUUGGUUCUAGUGCUGGAAAAAGAUAUUCACCCCAGUUUGUAAAGGCUGCUAAGUUACUCCAUUGGAAUGGACAUUUUAAGCCAUGGGGAAGAACUGCUUCAUACACUGAUAUAUGGGAAAAAUGGUAUAUUCCAGAUCCAACAGGCAAAUUCAGUCUAAUCCGAAGACAUACGGAGAUCUCAAACAUAAAGUAAAACAAUUUAACUGUGUUUGCUUAUUAGUGUGAACUGACCAGAAUGGACCCAUACAACUGGUGUAACUAGUACACCUAGUUCAAACUGCUGAUGGAUCUAAACUUCAUAAGCUGUGGCCUGAUGUAUAAAUAAAACCUAAUUUUCAGUACAUUUGUUUCCAGAUAACUACUUCCCUCACUGUAUUAAGUUAAUCCUUUUAUCAUUAAAUGUGGACACUUUU